AUGCCCACUUGCCUGGCGUUGCGUAUUCCAAAACAAUGCCACGUUUUGGAUCGUGACGAACAAACAAAACUGGAAAUGAAACACAGGCAGGAAGAAGACGACUUGUAUAGAAAGUUUUCAAAACACAGAGAGGAAGAAAAUCGGAGAAUACGAGAAGAAAUACAGGAUGAGUGGGAGAGAGAGUUAGAAAGAUUAACAAACCGCUUCCAACAAGAGAUGCAAGUGAAGAAACGAAGACCAGAAUCUGAGAUAGGAGCAUUGACUCUACGACACCAACAGGAGAGAGCUGACCUGGAGAAGAAUAUGACUCUACGGAGAGAUAAGAAGAAGGAGAGCUUGACUAGGAAGAUGUUGGAGCACGAGAGGGCUGCUACAGCGGCACUGGUUGAGAAGCAGAGUCACGAGAUGAUGGAACUUAUUCAGGAGCGUAGAUCUGAAUACAUGGCAGCAUCCUCUAUAUUCCUGGACGGAGAAGAAGCACCCCCUUACCCCUCCCGUGCUCCGCCCCCCGUGCCGCCGCUUGUAUCCAAAUUCCACAUAUACACAGAUCCUGCGGAAUUCGCGGAUGUUGAUAAAAUUGCUAUUUCAGUAGCGCAAGAGGACCAAAAGACUUUUACCGAUUUGGUCCGACAACUAGUGGGUAGAUGUGCGAGUGACGUCGAGAAAGCGAGGACCAUUUUCCGCUGGAUAACCGUAAAGAACCUAAACAACAUACAGUUUGACGAGAACCUGCGAGGGGAUUCCCCGCUGGGAUUACUUAGAGGCAUCAAGCACGGCACUGAAAGUUAUCACGUGCUGUUUAAGAGAUUGUGCAGCUACGCCGGUCUACACUGCGUGGUGAUCAAAGGGUACAGUAAAUCAGCGGGCUACCAGCCUGGAGUACGUUUCGAAGACAAUCGUUUCCGUAACUCUUGGAACGCGGUUUACGUGGCCGGGGCUUGGCGCUUUGUACAAUGCAACUGGGGAGCGAGACAUCUUGUUAACGCUAAAGACGCUCCUAAACCAGGGAACAGAGGAAAGAGCGAUAGCUUGAGGUAUGAAUACGAUGAUCAUUAUUUCCUGACGGAUCCUCGCGAGUUCAUCUACGAGUUUUACCCUCUACAGCCAGACUGGCAGUUACUGAAGACGCCGAUCACUUUACAUGACUUCGAGGAGUUACCCUUCGUGAGGUCGCUGUUCUUUAGAUACGGAUUGUACUUCAGUGAUCCGAACACAAAAGCGGUUAUGUUCACCGACUCUACUGGUGCGGCGACUAUGCGUAUAGCCAUGCCGGCACACAUGCAGAGCUCCUUGAUCUUCCACUACAACCUUAAGUUCUACGACACCGAGGGCGACGGCUUUGACGGAGUCAGUCUUAAGCGGUUUGUUAUGCAGUCUGUGGUCGGUAAUGUUGUAUCGUUCCGUGUACACGCGCCCUGCUCCGGGGCCUUUCUGCUCGACAUUUUCGCGAACGCCGUCACACCCAGAGAAUACCUUACCGGCGAGCCCAUGAAAUUCAAGAGCGUUUGCAAAUUUAAGAUUUGCUGCGCUGAGUUACAAACAGUAAUGGUGCCACUACCGGACUGUGCUAGUGGUGAGUGGGGACCGACUAAAGCGACCAGGCUCUUCGGCCUCGUCCCCAUCACGCACCAGGAAGCACUUGUAUUCGCGGGCAGAGAACUAGAGAUUCAGUUCCGUAUGUCGCGCCCUCUAGCGGACUUUAUGGCGACUUUACAUAAAAAUGGCAUCGAUGAGAAACGGCUGUCUAAAUACGUGCAACAAAACGUCUCGGACGAUAUCGUCAGCUUUUACAUAACAUUCCCAGAGGAAGGUCAAUACGGUUUGGACAUAUACACUCGCGAGCGAGGUGGACCCACGGCUAUACACAACGGAUCAAGCGAAAAAGAAAAACACCUCCUUACACACUGCUGCAAAUAUCUCAUCAAUAGCAGUAAAAGGAACUAA